AAAAAAAUAUGGCUUCACAAUGUAAUACUGUACUGGUACUGUUUCUUCUCUUCUUGGCAGUGGCACCAUUCCAAUGCAAAGCCCAAGCUGGUAUAGCUCUUCCACUGGAUGAAGUGAAAGCCAUUGAAGAAAUAGCUGCACAACUGAACAAGAAAGACUUGAACUUCGCUGACCCUUGUAACCAACCGACUUUUACAGCACAGGAUAAUUACGAAAAUGAAAUCUUCUGCAAUUGCUCCAUCUCUGCUAAUAAUAAUACAUGCCAUGUCCAAAGCAUAUCUUUUACAGCACAGGAUCUUGAUGGUAAUCUUCCACCAUCCCUAUGGAAGUUACCUCACCUUAAGCAAGUUAAUUUGGAACGGAACCUCCUCCGUGGUCCGAUACCAAGAGAGUGGACUUUGACAAAGUUGGAAAGAUUGAUCAUUAAUGCCAACAAUUUAUCAGGAGAAAUUCCUGCCUAUUUAGGAAGCAUAACCACUCUCACUCGUUUGUCCAUAGAGAGCAACUUGUUUUCUGGAACUAUUCCCUCUGAGAUUGGGAAAUUGGUCAACUUGGAAUAUUUGACUCUAUCUGCAAACAAUUUCACUGGAGAGUUCCCUGAUCUCACUAGUCUCACCAAAUUAAAAGAACUAAGGAUCAGUAGUAACUACUUCACAGGAAGGAUGCCUGAGUUUGGCAAUUUGAAACAGCUUCAGAAGUUAGAGGUGGAAGCAAGUGGUUUCAACGGGCAAAUUCCUUCCAGUCUAUCUAACUUGAACAAGCUAAUAGAAUUAAAAAUUACUGACUUAAAUGGGGAGAGCUCAGAUUUUCCGAACUUGAGAAACAUGACAAAGAUAAGAAGAUUGGUGAUGAGGAGCUGUAAUUUAAGAGGAAAUAUUCCUGAAUAUAUGCCUAAUUUGAAAGAUCUAGAAACCUUAGAUCUUAGCUUCAAUAAACUAGAAGGGGAAAUUCCAAAUUUUGUAAAUUUAAGAAACUUGAAGAAAAUGUAUUUCACAAGUAACUUACUCAGUGGAUCUAUUCCAGAUUGGAUUAAAUUCAGAGGCACUGACUACCAAAUAGAUAUUUCUUACAAUAACUUUUAUGAGAAAACUGAACCGUCCACUUGUCAAGAUACUUUCAAUCACUUCCGGAGCACAUCUGGCCAGAAAAAUAACUCAAUGCUCAACAAGUGCUUGGCUCCAUGUUCAAAAGAUCAUUAUUCAUUGCAUAUAAAUUGUGGUGGAAAACCAACUACUAUUGGAGACAUCAAGUACGAAGGGGAUGAAGAAUCUGCGGGUGCUGCAAAAUUUUUCCAUAACUCAGCCUCCACUUGGGGUUUUUGCAACACUGGUGAAUUCUGGGGUAGUAGUAGUCUUAAAGAGAUAGACUACAUAGCAAACAAUGUAUCUGUAUUAAGAAUGAACAACUCAGAGCUCUACACAACCGCACGCAUCUCGCCUCUUUCGCUAACUUAUUUUGCUCGUUGCUUAGGAAAUGGAAAUUACACUGUGAAACUUCAUUUUGCAGAGAUAGUAUUCAGAGACAACAGAUCUUAUUACAGUUUUGGGAGACGAUUUUUUGAUGUUUAUGUUCAGGGAAAGCAAGAGUUGAAAGAUUUCAACAUUGAAAAGAAAGCUAAUGGAGUUGAUAAGGAAUAUAUCGAAGUAAUCAAGGCAGCUGUGAGUAAUAAGACACUAGAGAUUCGCUUUCAAUGGGCAGGAAAAGGAACAAAGAAUGUUCCAAGCCGUGGAAUGUAUGGUUCUCUUAUAUCAGCUAUUUCUGUGGAGUCCGAAUUCAAACCUCCAGAACAGAAAAAAGACAUAAAGUUCAUCAUCAUUGGAGCAGUUUCAGCUUUUUGUCUUCUUUUCAUAGGUUCAGUCAUUCUUUGGUGGAAAAGCUAUAUUGGAACCAAGGAAUCUAGGGAUGAAGUUCUAAGAGGAUUAGAUCUACAAACUGGUUUCUUUACCUUUAAACAAAUAAAAGUUGCAACUAACAACUUUGAUGCUAUAAACAAAAUCGGAGAAGGUGGAUUUGGAUCAGUCUACAAGGGUGUGCUAUUAGAUGGCACUAUUAUUGCAGUCAAGCAACUUUCUUCAAAAUCGAAUCAAGGGAAUCGUGAAUUUAUAAAUGAAAUAGGCAUGAUUUCUGCUUUGCAACACCCAAAUCUUGUCAAAUUGCAUGGAUGUUGUAUUGAAGGGAAGCAACUAUUAUUGGUUUAUGAAUACAUGGAGAAUAAUAGCCUUGCAAAUUCUUUAUUUGAAACUGAAGAAGAUCAUGUGAAAUUAGACUGGAAUACAAGGCAAAAAAUAUGUGUAGGCAUUGCAAGAGGUCUGGCGUUCCUGCAUGAAGAAUCAGCACUAAAAAUUGUUCAUAGAGACAUCAAAGCCACAAAUAUACUACUAGAUAAGAACCUUAACCCAAAAAUAUCAGACUUUGGCCUGGCCAAGCUAAAUGAAGAAGAAAACACCCACAUUAGCACCAGAGUUGCUGGAACUAUAGGAUAUAUGGCCCCAGAGUAUGCAUUAUGGGGUUACUUAACUGAUAAAGCAGACGUAUAUAGUUUUGGAGUUAUGACAAUGGAAAUUGUGGCUGGGAAAAAGAACAUGAGAAGUCACCCGAAUGAAAACUUUGCAUGCCUUCUAGAUUGGGCCAUUUCCUUACAACAAAAGGGAGAUAUAAUGGAACUAGUGGAUCCAAAGUUGGGGUCCAAAUUCAAAAAAGAAGAGGCAAAAAGAAUGAUUAAGGUAGCUCUAUUGUGCACAAAUCCAUCACCUUCAGUUCGCCCCACCAUGUCUGUUGCAGUGAGCAUGCUUGAAGGUCGGGCUCUUAUUCCUGAGUUGAGCUUGUAUUCAAGUGUUCAUGGUGACCAAUCAAGAUUCCAGGCCUUGACAGAAUACAUGGAUCAGUUGAGAGAUCCUAAUCCAGGAGAAUCUAAGAGAUUUGCACAUUAAUCAUUUACUACAAUGAAGAACUCUUUCUUUACAUAAGACUAGAUUAAUGUACCAAAUCAAUCAUAAAUCAUACUUCUCAUCCGCAAGAAAAGUCAUCUACAUACCAUUGCAAAACCUUCCAUGCUUUCCAUACUUCUCGCCUGUCUAUGCUCAGUCCUAAUUUGGGUCAACCAACUCUAACCUCAACACUAUCUCACUCAUUCUUUAGUUCCCCCAAAUUAAAUUAUUUCUCACUCGGCUGUACCACUCACCUGAAAUAUCGCCUAUAGGUCGACUGACUUUCAAUGAAUCUCAACUUAAAAUGGCUUAUGGUUUUGAAAUUGUUAAAAACCAGUUCUCAAUCAAAAGAUGUUGAUGCGGAUGGCAAGCUCAAAUUUUAUACUAAAAUUUCUAUUUAUUAAAGAUUACAUAUGCUUACUGGAUUCGUAUUGUUAUAUUGAUAUUUUUUGUUCAGAUUUAGCUUUGUCUGAUUUGUU